CUUAUUUCCUUUUCCUUUGUUGCAAUAAUUGCAACUUGCAACAAUUGAACGAUUCGCCGUUGUUUUUGUUUACUUUCGAAGGUGAACCGGUUGACAGUUGCCGUCAGUUCGUGCACGAGUGAGGUUAUGUUAUCGUUUAGACCUCACCUGUACCUGUUUCAGUAUCAUUAUUCUUAAACCAUUUAUCUUUCUUAUCAGUGCCAAAUCCGCAAACUAAUCACAGAAACAUGCCAACGUCGAUAAAAUGAAACGUAAUCUGAAGACGGUGUUCAAGUUUUUCUUGCUUUCAGGAACGACCGUUGUGUUCACGGUUUUGCUAUUUCGAAUUUUAAAAAUUCGAUCAACGUUUGAAAGCCAUGAACGAGGUUUGCCUUUAGAACCACGCGAGGUGAGGAUCAUUAGCAAUGAAAAGAUUGAUUGGCAUGAUUAUGAUGCCAUAAAAAAAGAUUCAUUGAGGAGAGGUCCUGGUGAACAAGGCAAAGCUGCUUAUCUUUCUGCAGCAGAAUCAUAUAAUUAUGAUAAGUUAUACAAAGUUAACGGAUUUAAUGCUGCCUUAAGUGAUCAAAUUGCAAUUGAUAGAUCUGUGCCUGAUAUACGUCAUCCAGGAUGUAAAUCAAAAAAAUAUCUCAAAGAUCUCCCAACUGUUAGCGUCGUAGUUCCGUUCCAUAACGAGCAUUGGACAACCCUGCUUCGAACUGCUACCAGUGUGGUAAACCGAUCACCCCCACAUUUGCUCAAAGAAGUUAUCCUAGUUGACGAUUGUAGUACUAAAGAAUUUAGCAAAAAACCUCUCGACGAUUACCUCGCCGCUAAUUUAACAAAAGUUCGGGCAAUUCACCUGCCGGAAAGAAGUGGUUUGAUACGGGCCCGUCUCGCAGGUGCCAAAGUGGCAACAGCUGAUGUUUUAAUCUUCCUGGAUUCACACACUGAAGCUAACAUCAAUUGGCUACCGCCUCUUCUAGAACCAAUCGCGCAAGAUUACCGGACUUGCGUUUGUCCAUUCAUUGACGUAAUCCAGUAUGAAACAUUUGAAUAUCGUGCACAAGAUGAAGGGGCAAGGGGUGCUUUUGACUGGGAGUUUUUCUACAAACGUCUUCCAUUGCUUCCAGAAGAUUUGGAACAUCCAACUGAACCGUUUAAGAGUCCAGUCAUGGCUGGAGGUCUUUUUGCAAUCAGUAGGAAAUUCUUCUGGGAGUUGGGGGGUUAUGACGAAGGUUUGGAUAUUUGGGGGGGUGAACAGUACGAAUUGAGUUUUAAAAUAUGGCAGUGUGGGGGCUUAAUGGUAGAUGCUCCUUGUUCAAGAGUUGGUCAUAUCUAUAGGAAAUAUGCUCCUUUUCCAAAUCCGGGGAAAGGGGAUUUUGUCGGAAGGAAUUAUAGAAGAGUUGCUGAGGUUUGGAUGGACGAAUAUGCCGAAUAUUUAUACAAACGUCGUCCUCACUAUAGAGAUAUAGAUCCCGGGGAUUUGACAAAACAAAAAACCUUAAGAAAGCAGUUACAUUGUAAACCAUUUAAGUGGUUUAUGGAAAAAGUUGCCUUUGAUCUACCUCUGAAGUAUCCUCCUAUUGAGCCGGGAGAUUUUGGAAUUGGAGAAAUAAGAAAUAUAGCAGCUCCUGAAUUAUGUGUUGACUCAGGUCAUAAAGAUCGCGACCAAGUUAUAGGCUUAGCCGAAUGUAUCAAAGGAACAAACAAAAACGGCGAACAAAAUUUCGCUUUGACUUGGCACAAAGAUUUAAGAAUAAAGGGUAAAACUUUGUGUUUGGACGUUUCAGAUCCUAAUGAUAAGGCAGAUAUUGUCUUGUAUCCUUGUCAUGGAUCUCAAGGAAAUCAGUAUUGGAGAUACGAUGUUGAAAAACAAUGGUUUUUGCAUGGUGGCAAUCCGAGGUGUUUGGAUUGUGACCUCGGCCAACGUCGCCUCUAUGUCACUAAAUGUGACGAACAAUCGAAAACUCAAAAAUGGAGGUUUGAGAAUGUCAAUUUGACCAUGAUAGCCGAUUGGGAAAAUGUCGGUGUUCGCUUCUAGCGACGUACUUAAUGUAAAGUAUUAUGUGUGUUUACCUACACCUUCUUUGGGAUCUUUUUUCCUAAACGCUGAAAAAGUGAUUUUUAUUUUUAUAAUUUUGUAAAAACCCAUGUAGGUAUACAUGUCCUUACGGUGCACAUUCGAAUUCGAGGACCCUAAUUGUUUAUCAGUGUUUUCCCCUUGACGCUGCUGUGAUAUUUAGCGUUUAUUUUUACAAUAAAAUUGUUGCCAUAUUUUGCGAAAUUACAUGGAGUUAUUUAAAUUUGAUACCUUUUAUAGGCGGAAUUCUUUGUAGGAUUGUUGUCAAAUCCGAUACAUAUUUAAAUAAAAAUAUCCACAAUG